GUGUGGGUGCGUAGACGCUGGGGGGGGCCCUUUGCUCUCCUCAGGUGCUGGCUGGCCCGAGGGAGGCGACCGCCGAGGUGCGGGACUGCGCAGGGGCGGCGGGGUCAGUGGGCAGAUCGCGUCCGCUGGAUUCCGUCUGUGCCCGCCCUGGCGCUCACUUAGUGCCUAGUACCGGGCUGGGCGCCUCACGACCGUGGUUCUUAAGAUCCCUCUUUUGGACUGUAAGGUUUCUUUUAAUGGUUGGAGACUCCUCCAUUGUUUUUUAAACUGAACUUUUCUACUGAAGUAUAACACACAUACAGAGCACUGCACAAAGUUUAAGUUUACAAGUUGACGUUUUUAGAAGAGCAUUUUAGAGAUGUCUGCCAGAAGUACCAAAGAUAUAAUUAAAAGUAAGUGGGUAUCAAAGCCUAGUAACUCCAAAUCCGAAACUGCAUUAGAGAGAUUUAAGGGAGAAAUUGCAGCCUUAAAAACAUCAGUAGAUGAAAUCGCAAGUGGAAAAGGAAAGCUGACUGAUAAAGAGAGACAAAGACUUUUGGAGAAAAUUCGAGUCCUCGAAGCUGAGAGGGAGAAGAAUGCUUAUCACCUCACAGAGAAGGACAAAGAAAUACAGCGACUCAGAGACCAGCUGAAGUCCAGAUACAGUGCCACUGCAUUGCUUGAACAGCUGGAAGAGAAGACAAAGGAAGGCGAAAGGAGGGAACAGUUGUUGAAAUCCUUGUCUGAAGAGACAGAAGUAUUGAAAAAACAGUUGUCUGCUGCAACGGCAAGACUUGCUGAACUUGAAAGCAAAGCCAGUACGCUUCACUUAUCUCAGACUGCAGCUGCAAACUGCUUCAACUCAUCAGUGAGUAAUAUUCAUGAAAUAGAAAUGCAGCUGAAAGACGCGCUGGAUAAAAAUCAGCAGUGGCUUGUGUAUGAUCAGCAGCGAGAGGUGUACGUGAAAGGACUUCUGGCAAAGGUCUCUGAAUUGGAAAAGAAAAUGGAAACAGCUGCUCAUUCACUCCCACAGCAGACAAGAAAGCCUGAAUCAGAAGGUUAUCUUCAAGAAGAGAAGCAAAAGUAUUACACCCAUCUCUUGGCAAAUGCAAAAAAAGAUCUCGAGGUCGAACGACAAACCAUAACUCAGUUGAGUUUUGAACUUAGUGAAUUUCGAAGAAAGUAUGAAGAAACCCAGAAAGAAGUUCAAGAGUUAAAUCAACUGUUGUGUUCGCAAAGAAAGGCAGAUGUACAGCAUCUGGAAGAUGAUAGGCAUAAAACAGAGAAAAUACAGAGACUCAAGGAAGAGAAUGAUAUUGCCAGGGAAAAACUUGAAGAAGAGAAGAAGAGAUCUCAAGAGCUCUUAUCUCAGGUCCAGUUUCUUUACACAUCUCUGCUAAGGCAGCAAGAGGAACAAACAAGGGUUGCUCUGUUGGAACAACAGAUGCAGGCAUGUACUUUAGACUUUGAAAAUGAAAAACUUGACCGUCAAAAUAUGCAGCAUCAGUUGCAUGUAAUCCUUAAGGAGCUCCGAAAAGCAAGAAAUCAGAUAACACAGUUGGAAUCCUUGAAGCAGCUUCAUGAGUUUGCCCUCUCAGAGCCAUUAGUUGCUUUUCAAGGGGAGAAUGAAAGCAGAGUAAAAGUUGGCUCACCCAAAAGUCCCACUGCUGCACUCAACGAAAGCCUGGUGGAGUGUCCCAAGUGCAAUAUACAAUAUCCAGCUACCGAACAUCGAGAUCUGCUUGUCCACGUUGAAUACUGUUCAAAGUAGCAAAAUAAUUAUUCUUUUGUUUUGUGUCAAAAGAUUCAAUACUGUAUCUCAUGUUGGCUUAUGAACAUUCUGAAUUACAUAUUUCACCUUCUGUAUAAGAAACUGCCUAUCUACAUUUGAUACUCUGUCAUAUAAGUGGAUCAUUGGAAUUUUGGGGCUGCUUUGUAUUUUCCUUGGCAGUGAUACCUCCUGAGAUAGUUCAUCGUCAGGCUAUAAUGACAGAAUGUGGUGAGCAGUGUGUACUGAAACUACUAACAUUUUGCACUGUUAAAGUACUUGAUGAAGGAAAGAAUUCAGGUUAUUAUUGCUUAUGAGUAUAGCACAGGCAAACAGAUAUUUUGUUUUAUCACUUUUAAAAAAUCAAAGGUAACUAACCAAGAAUCUUAACCGUGUUAGCAUGUUUUAUUCAAGCACUUCUGAUUUUGAUGUCCAUUGUUUAAAGGUGAUGAUACUAUUUUCACUUUUUUUCUUUGCCAUUGUAGAACGGUUAUAGGAAUUUUCUUGAUGUUUAUUUGCUGCUUCCUAUCAAAACUAAAGCCAGCCAUGUUCUAAGCAGGAAGUAGAUUCUAUUUGAGGAAUACUCUUAAGUAGCCACACACAAUGUUUUUUCUCUCAUAUUAUCUGGCUAUAACUUGAAUUUCGUUAGUACACAUCAGCUGAAAUUGUUAAAAUGAAUUUUAACAAAAUCAUCUAGCCCUCUUGUUUGAUUUACAGUAUUUUAUUUAUUUUUGGCUCUCUUAAAGCUGGGCAAUUAAUUAUCAGAUGUUUGUUUAUCAGAGUAUUUUGUACAUGCUUUGUGUAAACCCCCAAUUUUUUUUUUUUUUUAUUUCUUCAGGUUUUCUAACAUGCUUAACACUGGGCUGCUGUUAGUAAUAUAAAGGA